UCCGCUAUUUGUACGGCUCCGUGUGCACUGACAUGUCGGACUAGCCGGAGCAGAGGUCAGGAGGAUUUAGAUCUCCUCGAGUGCCCAGUUUAGUCUUUCAAACUGGGAAAGACUAAACUGUCUAUCCAGGUCAUAGUGGGAUUUGUUGCGGGAUGAGAGCCACCAGUGGCCGCACACCCUGGGGAUAUUCAGGGCACCGGUAGUGCGCACCCACUGAGGAGCAGCGGUGAGUGGAUAGCGGACGAGCUCAACAAGGGCUGUGUCCUGAUGACAAAGCGGUGGACCCGACCGAUUAAUCGCCUGAUUGCCAAGAGGAUGGCGGUAUUUUUCCCCGCGAAGAUUUUGAUGCACAACCGCAAAUAUCUCCUGUUCGCUGCUCUUCUGACGCUCGGAGCUGUGGCCGUCUACCAUGAGAUGGUUGCUGUAAAAGCAUGGAGCAGUGAUACCAGUAUGAAUCCUGACAGCAGCUGGGAGAGAGCCAUGUUUAACGAAAUGGUCAGAAGGAACCAUCAACCAGACGAUUCAGCUGUUUGGAGGUCCAGCUACACUCCACCAACCUGGAAACCAGAGUAUAAGGGACGGGCUAAUCUGCACGUCUUUGAAGACUGGUGUGGCAGUUCUACAGCUGACCUCCGCAAGAACCUGCACUACCCUCUGUAUCCUCAUUCCAGGGUUACAGUGCAGAAGCUGGCCAUCUCUCCUCAGCGGACCAACUACGGACUCAGGAUAUUUGGUUAUCUACAUCCAUAUACUGAUGGAGAGUUUGUGUUUGCCCUGAGCUCUGAUGACAACUCUGAGUUGUGGCUCAGCACAGAUGACUAUCCACUUAACUUGCAGUUGUUGGCAUGGGUUGGGAAGGCAGGCACAGAGUGGACAGCCCCGGGCGAGUUUGAGAAGUAUGCCAGUCAGACCUCCAAACCAAUACGGCUGUCUGCUCAGAAGAAGUACUUUUUUGAAGUUAUCCACAAGCAAAACGAGAAAGGGACCGACCAUGUGGUGGUGGCAUGGCAGCUCCUGGACCAAGGCUUUAGGUUCAAGGUUAUUGAAUCCAGUCACAUCUCCCUCUAUGUUGAUGAGUCUGCCUUGUCGGUGAGUGACGUAUCCCACAUACCACAGACGGCUGCAAGUCACCAGCACACGCCCACAAAACAGCAGACUGGUGCAGCAGACAUGCUGAGGGAAGACCCGCGAGACACUCUGUACGAAGUGCCUUUGAUAAACAGCAAGUAUCUCCAAGAUGUCCUGCCUGACUACUCUUACAAACCCAGCUACACAAUCAAAAACUUUCCUCUCUACCGUUACCAAGGACUGCAGUUUAUCCACAUGUCCUACAUCUACCCCAAUGACUACACCAGACUUACACACAUUGAGACAGAGAACAGCUGCUUCUACCCCAAAAGCUUGGAGUACACGAAGGGGUUCCGUUUCGCUGGAUACAUGAGACUAGAACUUCCUGAUAUGCAGGACAUAGGAAACACAGGACGGAAAUUAAAGAAUAACGUAAAUAAAGUGGACAGAGAGCAGCUUAAAGCAAAGAAACAGCCUCUGCUCGAAAAAAACCCAGUGGCCAAGCAGGGGAGGGAUUUAUUAGGGGAAAUGGAGCUCCAGUCAAUCACCAACACGCGUUUUGCCACACCCAAGAGAGACAUUGGUCGCACUGUAAAAAGGCUAAAUCAGAGGGACACAUCUAACAGUAAAUACCUCAGGGAUAAGAAGAAAGGGAUGAAAAUGCCUCUACCAGUUGUAGAAAAUAGCAUCCACACAAUUGGCACUGAUAUCAACUGGAACCAGACCUUCCAGAUCCGCCACCUGAACCUUCAGGCACAUCAAUCAGAUCGGAUUGACCUGGGAUGCUCCAUCCUAGGCAACCUGCUUCUCCCCUCUAAUGACGCUCUGCCUGUGGUCAAAGCUUUCAUGGACCAACUAAACGAAAAGCACCACGAGCAAUUCACGUUGGUGCGCGUUGUUAAUGUUGUAAAGCGCGUGGACGCGGCCCAGGGCAACCGCUACCUUCUGGAGCUGGAGCUGAAAGAUGUGAACGGCCAGCUGCUGCGCCUGUCGCGCUACAUCUAUGCUCCGAUUCGCCACAGCAUGCAACGCAGCCAGGACUUAAAUUUCCAACGACCGGAACCUCAGCUGAAGCUUUGUAACCCGGUGGGCUUCCAAUGGAAUCCCGACGCCACCGUCCACUUCAUAAUACCUGUGAAAAACCAGGCUCGCUGGGUGCAGCAGCUGAUCGCAGACAUGGAGCAAUUGUUCAGAGAAACCGGAGACUCCAACUUCAAUCUCAUCGUCGCAGAUUACAGCAGCACGGACAUGGACGUGAGGAAGGCUCUACAGAAUUCCUCACUCCCCAGGUACCAGUAUGUGAAGCUGAGUGGAAACUUUGAGCGCGCGGCUGGUCUGCAAGCAGGUGUCGACCUUAUACAUGAUGACCAGAGCAUUGUGUUUCUUUGUGACCUCCACGUCAACUUCCCUCCCUUCAUCAUCGACACCAUCAGGAAACACUGUGUGAAGGGCUACAUGGCCUUUGCUCCAAUAGUCCUGAGACUGGGCUGCGGAGUUACACGUUUAGAAGCCAGAGGUUUGUGGGAGGUCAAAGGUUUUGGCCUGCUGGGGAUCUAUAAGUCAGAUUUGGACGCAGUGGGAGGAAUGAACACCAAGGACUACAAAGACCGCUGGGGAGGAGAAGACUGGGAGCUCCUCGACAGGAUUCUCAAGGGAGGGCUGGAAGUGGAAAGGGUCUACUUGAGGAACUUCUUCCACCACUUUCACUCCAAACAUGGCAUGUGGAGGCCAGAGUGACCCAGCCACAGUGGACCUUGUCACCUGCUCGCUGCACCAUGUGAACUUUAAGGCCGGAGCCUGAUUCCUGCUACGUAAGCGUAGUACCUGCUGACCGACGGAAUAGGGUACUGUCUUCAUUCACAAGUGGCAACGGUGAUGGUCGUUGGUAAGGAGAUACUACUGAUAUGUACAGAGUUUAUUUCACUGGAUAUACUGUUGACAAUUACAAAUGACACCUGGUCACUGACGGACACCAUGGUGAUCUGCAUUUCUGGCUGAUUUGAAGGAACUGAUCUGAUCCAAAGACAAAUUAAAUGAUACUCCAAGGAUCCAUUCACACAAGUGUCCUAUAUCAUAAAGAUCACACGCUUUGCACAUGAGUCUUAACUGGAGAAUUUUUUUUUUACUUUUGUUUGUGACUAAAUUAAAUACACUGCAGAUUGUGUAUAUGAUAAACACAGCCUUAUUUGUCAUGUUGUAACAUAUUAUAAACUUGAUAUUUAUUGUAUUAAUGUUUGUAGGAUUCUAUUUUCAUUGUAUUUUACUACUCCUUGGUGUCUUACUUUGUUGUUUUUAGAUAUACCUCACCCCUCUCUCCGUGCUGACAGUUGACCUCUGCCUUAAUGUACGGUUCUCUUCUCUCAGGGACUGUUUUUGCUGUUACACUUUACACUGCCUUGACAAAUCUGAGGAAUAAAUCCAUUGUCUUUAUUUCCAUUA